CCACAAACAAUCCCGUCCCAGUUUUCCUCUUGCCCUUCCUCACGCCAUGCUCCUCGGACGCCGCCGGCCUGCCGCCGCGCGCCUCCUCCCGAUCCAGCUAUCCUCCGCCGCGUCCUUCGCCUCCGGCACCACCACCACCAAUGCCACCUGUUCGUCUUCCGCCCCGGACCCCGACGCCGUGGCCGCCGAGGUGGCCACCCUGCUCUCCAGCUGCUCCGGCAACUGGAGGCUCGCCGUCUCCUCCUCCGACCUCCCCUCCCGCCUCUCCCCCGCCGCCAUCUCCUCCCUGCUCCGACGCCGCUACUUCUCGCGCCUCCACCCGGAGCUCCUCCUCGACUUCUUCUACUGGUCCUGCCCCAACCUCGCGCCGUCGGCGCCCGCCCCCGACGCCUUCGCCAACCUGGCCGCGUAUCUGUGCGCCGGCUCGCUCUACAACCUGGCCAACGGCCUCCUCACCAAGAUGAUCCGCGCCUACCCCUCCCCUCCCGUCGUCCUCGCCUCCAUCCGCCGCGCGCUCUCGGAUUACACCCACCGCUCGCCGGUGGUGGUGCUCGACGUCCUCGUGGAUACCUACAAGAAGUCCGGGAGGGCCCAGGACGCCGCGGAGGUCGUCCUGCUGAUGAGAGAUCUCGGCUUGGCUCCCAGUCUGCGGUGCUGCAACGCGCUGUUGAAGGACCUGCUGCGCGCGGAUGCCAUGGCGCUGCUGUGGAAGGUGCACGAGUUCAUGGUUGGCGUCGGGGUUUUGCCCGAUGUGUAUACCUACUCGACUUUGAUCGAAGCGUACUGCAGGGUCGGGGACUUUCAUGCUGCCAAGAAGGUGCUUGUGGAAAUGCGCGAGAAGGGGUGCGGCCUGAACACCGUGACCUACAAUGUGCUGAUUGCUGGGUUAUGCAGGUCUGGGGCUGUCGAAGAUGCGUUUGGGUUCAAGAAGGAGAUGGAGGAUUACGGACUGGUUCCUGAUGGGUUUACAUAUGGCGCACUCAUCAACGGACUGUGCAAGAGCCGCAGGUCAAAUGAGGCUAAGAUGUUGUUGGACGAGAUGUCCUGUGCUGGGCUAAGGCCUAAUGUCGUAGUUUACUCCAAUCUGAUUGAUGGGUUUAUGAGGGAGGGCAAUGCAAAUGAGGCGUUUAAGACAACAAAGGAGAUGGUUACUGCCGGCGUGCAACCGAACAAAAUUACCUAUGACAAUCUUGUGCGGGGACUGUGUAAGAUAGGGCAGAUGCACAGAGCUUCUCUACUUUUGAAGCAAAUGGUCAGAGAUGGUCAUAUGCCUGAUACUAUCACCUACAAUCUCAUCAUCGAAGGGCAUAUCCGACAACAUAACAAGAAAGAUGCUUUCCAGCUUCUUAGUGAAAUGAGGAAUGUUGGUAUUUUGCCUAAUGUAUAUACUUACAGCAUAAUGAUUCAUGGGCUAUGCCAAAGCGGUGAAUCAGAAAGGGCAAGUGACCUCCUUCAGGAAAUGGCUGCAAAUGGUUUGAAACCCAAUGCAUUCGUUUAUGCACCUCUUAUCUCAGGGCACUGUAGAGAAGGCAAUGUCUCAUUGGCGUGUGAAGUUUUUGAUAAGAUGACAAAGGAGAAUGUACUCCCUGAUUUGUACUGCUACAAUUCUCUUAUAAUUGGACUAUCUAGGGUCGGAAGGGUGGAGGAAUCCACAAAGUACUUUGCUCAGAUGCAGGAGAGAGGAUUGCUGCCAAAUGAAUUCACUUACGGUGGCCUCAUUCAUGGCUUUCUUAAGAUUGGAAAUCAAGAAAAUGCUGAACAGUUACUGCAGCAGAUGCUUGACACUGGAGUAAAACCAAAUGAUGUUAUCUAUGUUGAUCUCCUAGAAAGCUACUUUAAGUCAGAUGAUCUUGAAAAAGUGUCCUCUACUUUCAAGUCCAUGUUGGACCAGAGAAUUAUGCUUGAUAACCGUAUCUAUGGAAUCUUGAUUCAUAAUCUGUCCAGUUCUGGAAAUUUGGAAGCAGCCUUUCGGGUUCUUUCAGAGAUUGAGAAGAAUGGACCUGUUCCAGAUGUGCAUGUGUACAGCUCUUUGAUAUCAGGUCUUUGCAAGACAGCUGACAGGGAAAAAGCUUUUGGUAUUCUUGAUGAAAUGGCUAAGAAGGGAGUAGAGCCUAAUAUUGUAUGUUACAAUGCCCUAAUUGAUGGGCUAUGCAAGUCUGGUGAUAUUUCUUAUGCCCGUGAUGUCUUCAAUAGCAUAUUAGCUAAGGGAUUAGUGCCAAACUGUGUGACAUACACAACUUUGAUUGAUGGAAGCUGCAAAGCUGGUGACAUCAGCAAUGCAUUCAAUCUUUAUAAAGAAAUGCUAGCAACAGGUGUCACACCAGAUGCUUUUGUUUAUAGUGUACUUACUGCUGGCUGUUCAAGUACUGGAGACCUUGAGCAGGCGGUGUUUCUGGUUGGAGAAAUGUUUCUUAGGGGGCAGGCAAGUAUUUCUUCUUUCAAUAAUUUAGUACAUGGUUUCUGCAAACGAGGAAAGCUGCAGGAAACUUUGAAGUUGUUGCAUGUAAUAAUGGGGAAGGGCAUAGUACUUGAUACCCUGACUAUUGAAAACAUCAUCGAUGGACUUAGUAAGGCUGGAAAACUUAGUGAGGUGCACACAAUUUUUGUUGAGUUGGAACAGAUGAAAGCUUCAGAAAGCGCUGCGCAUCACUUUUCCUCAUUGUUCGUGAACAUGAUAAAUCAAGGACAAAUACCUCUUAAUGUGGUUGAUGACAUGAUUCAAGCUCAUUGUAAAGAAGGAAAUUUGAAUAAGGCUUUAAUCCUGCGAGAUGCUAUUGUGGUAAAAGGUGCAUCAUUGGACUGCUCAUCUUAUCUUGCUAUAAUGAACAGUCUAUGCCAGAAGGACAAAUUAAGUGAAGCUUUGGAUUUGAUAAAAGAGAUGGAAGAGAGAGGUAUUCGCCCUAGUGAGAAUCAGUGCUUGAUACUAUUAACUAAUCUUCAUACAUCUGGAUUUAUCCAAGAACGCAAUACAGUAUUUGAUAAUAUGUUGUGCCACAAUUGGUUACAGAAGGACAGCAAAAUCUGUAAUUCAGCUUCUGAUAAUCUGGAAUCUGUCAGUUGAUGAUAAGCA